UCUUCAAGCUGGUUUGCUAAAAGAAGAACAAAUGUUAUCCUCCUGUUUAGGUUAGCACAGCAGCUAUGGACGGUUCUGCUGAAAGACCGUGGAGGUCGCCCCGGGCCUGCGACGACUACUGGAGUGAAUUCAGACAUUGCAAAAGCUUAAGGAAUCAUUUUCACCACUAUUACACACACGGCACCUCACCGUCCUGCCAGCAGUGGAAAGAGGAUUAUAAGAACUGCAGGGAAUGGGAGAAAUCCAGAAGUGCUGAAGCCAAGGAAGCCUUGCAGAGGAGUGAGAGGAACAGAGUGGAAGAGCAGAAGAAGUUUACUCCAGUGUGGGAGCUGAGGAGAGACCCUCCCAAAGAUUGGCACAUGCCACUGAACCAGGAAAGACCUUAGGACCGCUGAUCCAUCACUGCUAACCUGCAGUUUCUAUUCAAAGUGAGGAUUCAAGAUUCUUGUCACUUUAAUGGACUUAAAAUUGUGUAGAGCCACAUGCUGAAGAGAUUGUUCAUCAGUCUGAGAACUGCUGUUGUUUUUCAGUGAGCUGCUGUAUGAAAACAGAAGCAAUGUUGGGACAGCUUCUAAUGACGACCACAUCUAUUCAACCUGUUAAUGACAAUAUAUCUAGAAGUGUUGUUGCUGAUCUUGAGUAAUUAAAUCUACAAUGUACAAAUGCUGACCGCCCUUACAUUGUUGUAUAUGUUUUUGAUUUCAAGCCUUCAACAGUGUUGAGUCUU